GAUACAAACAGGUUACGUGUCACUCGUCCGCCUACGAUAUGAUGGGGACGCUACCUCCAACUGCCGCCGACGUGACCAUGAUCGAUGGCGCGUUGUUCGAGUACGAAGAGGAGGCCACACGCCAGCCAUUCGCCGUACAGACGUGGACCUCGUAUCUGCGCGCUCUGACCGACGCUCCGCUCACCGACCGAUGCAAAGUCUAUGAACGUGGACUGCAGUCCCUCCCACGCAGCUACAAGCUCUGGAAACUCUAUCUGGACGACGUGUACGAUACACAAGUACGUGGACAGCGCGUGGACUCGCCGCUUUUCACGCAACUCGUGGCUUUGUACGAGCGCGCACUAGCGCAGCUGUCCACAAUGCCCAGACUGUGGCUCGAUUACCUCAACAUAUUGCGGGAGAUGCGCGUAGUCACUGCGCGGCGUCACGUAUUCGACAGAGCGCUCCGAGCGCUGCCCAUUACCCAACACCACCGGAUCUGGACGCCCUAUCUGACUUUUGUUAAGCAGAUCGGCGUACCCCGCACGGCUGUGCGUGUGUACAGGCGAUAUUUGAUGCUGGAACCGUCGAAGAGAGGGGAAUAUGUCGACUAUUUAGUGUCGGUAGAGCACUUUGAAGAGGCCAGCUUGCAGCUCGUGAAGCUCAUCGAGUCAACGCAGGAGAAAGAGACAAGCACAGACCGCACACAACACAGCAUGUGGAUGCAGCUCUGCGAUAUGGUGUCACAGUAUCCAACGCGUGUGGCAAAGUCGCUGGAUGUGGAGGCGAUUCUGCGUAGUGGCAUGACAAGGUUCAGUGACGAGGUGGGACGACUCUGGUGCUCUUUGGCGACAUAUUUCGUACGUCUGGGGUUGUUCGAGUCGGCACGAGAUGUAUAUGAAGAGGGAAUUCGCACGGUAGUUACAGUCCGAGACUUCAGCAUGAUCUUCGACGCGUACGUUAAGUUUAUUGAGGCCAUGCUUACGGCGGAGAUGGAUCUAGCAGCUGGAGGUGAUGAAGACGACGACGAAGAAGACGAAGUGGACCACCAAGCACAGGUCGAUCGGCUUUUAAAAGUGUACGAGGAUGUGGCAGAACGACGUCCGUUGCUGCUUAACUCGGUUCUUCUACGGCAGAACCCUCACAACGUGCGUGAGUGGGAAAAACGAGUGGAGCUAGUCAAGUCGGACUUGCAGAAGGUUAUUCGGACGUAUGCUGAAGCCGUGAAAACAGUAGACCCUGUCAAAUCCGGUGGACGCUUGCCAACGCUUUGGAUUCGAUUCGCCAAGUUCUACGACGAGCAUGGAGAUCUGAACAACGCGCGCGCUAUCUUCAAGAAGGCCGUGGACGUGGAAUUCCGCAACCCUCAGGAGCUCGCCGCUGUCUACUGCGAAUGGGCGGAGUUGGAACUUCGCCAUGAGAAUUUCGAUCAAGCACUGGAGAUUGUUCGUGGUGCUUGUGCCAUUCCAGCCGCACGUACGAUUCGUCUUCGCAAGCAGCAGUCAUUAACGGCCAAGGACAACGUACACCUGAGUGUGAAGCUCUGGACGCUACGUCUUGAUCUAGAGGAGAGUUUGGGUGACCUCGAGUCGACUCGUGCUGCCUACGAUGAGGUCUUUGAGCUCAGAAUCAUCACACCGCAAAUGGUGCUCAACUUUGCCGCUUAUCUGGAAGAGAACAAGUACUUUGAGGAGUCUUUCCGUGUGUACGAACGCGGGUUGGCUCUCUUCCCCAAGUUCCCGCAUGCCGGCGACCUGUGGCAGACCUACUUGACCAAGUUUGUGAAGCGCUAUGCUGGCACCAAGAUGGAGCGAACUCGCGAUCUGUUCGAGCAGGCGAUUCGUGCUGCCCCAGCAAAAUCCGUACGUGGGUUCUACGAGAAGUUCGCCGAGUUCGAAGAACAGCACGGCAUGCUGCGCAACGUCAUGACUAUUUAUGAGCGCGCGUCCGACGCUGUGCCAGACGACGACAAGCUGUCCAUUUACGAGAAAUACAUCAAGAAGGCACAGAAAUUUUUUGGCGUCGCGAAAGUACGGGAUGUGUAUCAACGAGGCAUCUCCAAUCUGCCCGACAAAUGUGUCCCCAAUUUGUGCCUCAAGUUUGCACAGAUGGAGACAAAGCUGGGCGAAUUCGACCGCGCACGAGCCAUUUACUCACAUGCGUCUCAAUUCUGUGACCCGCGUCAGCACGAAAAGAGUUUCUGGAAGGUCUGGCACGAAUUUGAGGUCUCUCAUGGCUCCGAGCACACGUUCCUCGAAAUGCUGCGUAUCAAACGGUCGGUGGUGGCUCAAUACUCUCAAGUGAACUACGUCGCGUCUGAAAUCGCUCCUCAGGACGGGGAGCCAUCGAAAAUUGCAGGAAUGGUGGCUGCUUCAACACCAGCAGUGGCUGGCGAUGCCAUGGCUGCUUUGGAGGCGCAACUUGAUGUGCCAUCAGCUGAUGAAGGAGACGAAAAGAAGCGGAAGGGAGAGACUAUGGAGAUUGAGACUGAGCGGAAUGUACGCCAGAAGCAGAUUGUGGAGGUGGCGAAUGAAGAAGAAAUUGACUUGGAUGACGAAGACGACGACGCAGAGGAAGCAACCGGAGGAGAUCCCGAUAUUGAAGAGCGGGAGCUACCGUCCACCUUGCUUGGAGGCAGCGCCAAGGCGGAAUGAGGUUAAGGAGCGACAGUAAAGCUUGAUUGGCGGAUCUUUUAACUCUAGUUGUGCUAGUUGUGGCAUGGGACAAGGUUACUCGAUCGAGUAAUCCACAUAACCUUCAAUUGAUAAGGUUUGUUAUUCGGAUACUACAGCAGUGGUUUAUUUUUCAUAACUCUAUUUUGGCUGAAAUAGCAGUGAAG